CAGUCGUCGAGUGAGUGACGUGCAGAUAGAGAGCGGGACCAGCCCUCCCGUCGCCAUUUUUCUCUCUAACCCCUCGCACUUCUGGUUUCUUGAGCGAGCGGACGACAGAACCGAAAAAAAUAAAUAAAUAAAAAAUAACGGCAAGUUUCGGGGAAAAGACUCGUCCGGUCGGGAUGCUUCGCCGGCGGUAAGGGAAUGCGGCUCUUGAGAUGCACCAGCGGCGGACUAACGGCGGUUCUGAAGUCACUUUUUGUGUGAAGACGUGUUGGGGGCCGCCAUUUUUUCCCUGCGCUGCCUCUGAAGUCUGCUCGAACCCGAGAGAGGGAACUCGCAGACCCGUUUCCGUGCCUUACCGUUAAGUCGAGCGGAUUUAAAGUAGCUAUCCGUGUUUCCCAACCGGGAGGGGGGCUAAAGGUUGGCCUUUUUUGUGUGUGUGUGUGCACAGGAAUGAGGUUUUCCUCAGACAAAAACCAAGAGACCACCUUUUCCGCUUUUAAAUUAACUGACACUGACCGGAGGAGGUAAUUAUUUGAAGCCUUGGGUUUUUUUUUUUUCUUUCUUUCUCGGAAGGCGGAACGAAAAGGAGGAAGCUUAAUUGAUCAUUUCUUGCUUCGGCCUUCUUUGUGUUUUUUUUCUUCUCCCCUUUCGUAAGUUGAUAAUUUUCUCGAUUCUCUGCCACUUGGAAGCCGAGACAAUAUGCUCCAAAGUUGGAUCGAGUCAGUCUUCGCCUGCUCCUAAACACGCCAGGCUAAUUUUUUAUUUAUUUAUUUUUCUUUCUUUUUUUUUUUUUAAUCAGGUCGACGAAGCCUUCGUUGCUUCUGCAGAAAUCAGUCGGAAAACCGCACAAGACAAGGGCGGCGAAUGCCCUGCCCUGCACCUACUGAAUCAUUCACUUUGGAUCGACGCUGAAAUCUUUUUUUUUUUUUUUAAUUCAGUUUCGUUUUUAUAACUUAUUUUUGUGAGUUUUUUUGUUAUUGUUGUUGAUCCCCCGGAGAGGUACAGACAUGUCAACGGCUCGGUUUGACUCGUGCGAUCGGUCCGCCUGGUAUUUCGGACCCGUUUCCCGGCAGGAGGCACAGAACAGGUUGCAGGGACAGAGGCACGGCAUGUUUCUCGUCCGGGACUCGUCCACCUGCCCGGGCGACUAUGUCCUCUCGGUGUCGGAGAACUCCAAAGUCUCUCACUAUAUCAUCAACUCGUUGCCCAGCAAGAAGUUCAAGAUAGGCGACCAGGAGUUUGACAACCUCCCGGCUCUCCUGGAGUUCUACAAGAUCCACUAUCUGGACACGACUACUCUAAUAGAGCCUGCCCCCAGGUACCCCAGCACCAUCACCGCACCCAUCCAGACCAUGGUGGGCCCCGAGGAGAACCAGGAGUACGUGCGGACGUUAUACGACUUCACGGGCAGCGACGCCGAAGACCUCCCCUUCAAAAAGGGGGAGGUUCUCAUCAUCCUGGAGAAGCCGGAGGAACAGUGGUGGAGCGCCAAGAACCGGGAGGGCCGCGUUGGGAUGAUCCCCGUCCCGUACGUGGAGAAAUUGGUCCGACCGCCGCCCCACCCCGGCCAGCCCACCCACGGCUCGCGUAACUCCAACAGCUACGGCAUCCCGGAGCCCGCCCACGCCUACGCCCAGCCCCAGACGUCUUCUCCGCUGCCCCCCGGCACAACCGGAGCAGUUAUCAACCCCCUACCGUCCAUGCAGAACGGCCCCGUCAUCGCGAAGGCCAUCCAGAAACGAGUGCCUUGUGCCUACGACAAAACGGCUCUUGCUCUAGAGGUCGGCGACAUCGUCACAGUCACGCGGAUGAACAUCAGCGGUCAGUGGGAGGGGGAGGUGAACGGACGCAAGGGCCUCUUCCCCUUCACGCACGUCAAAAUCAUAAACCCCCAGAAUCCAGAAGAGAGUGACUGAGGCGGGGGGGGCGGGGGGGGGCUCGGCCGCAGCCUCUCGGCGGCACUGCCGUGUUCCUGAACCCGCUGGCCCGUCGCUACCUGUCCCGCCGGUGUCGGGUUAUGUGCUUGCCUGCUUUGAGAGGAGAGGCGGGGGGGGGGGGCUAUACCAUAACAGCUAACCCCCCCCACCACCACCACCUCUGUUGCCGCCAGCCUGUGCAAAGGCUUCCUGACUGUUUACAGCUGUGGACACCAGACUUAAAUUAAGAACACGACCUAACCCCUCGCUAGUUCCCUUUUUUUUUUUUUUUGAAGCAAUUUCCCAUUAUUUUCAUCACUGGGCAUCAGUGUGAGUGUGUUAGUAUGUUAAAGUGCAUGUGAGCGCGCUCACAGCGGAUUUCUCCCGCCUUGCUGUCACAACACGUCAGUCCUCUCAGACUCUGAAUAUUUGUCAUGUCAGCUAAUUAUUUUAUUUUUGUUUUGCUUCUGAAACUUUUUUUUUUGUUGAUGUGAGAAUGCGUGUAUGCGCAGAAAAAUUGGGUGCAGCAGCAUCCGUCUGGAUUUAGGAGAGCACUGAGGCACCGAGGAGCUGGCCAGCCGGUGAAAUGACAUUACUGCAAACAAUCAAGUCACUGUUGUACCUUAGCUGUGGGCUAAUUGGUCAUGGGGUUAGACGAUUUUAUUUCAUUUUAUUUCUUUUUUUUUUUUUCUUUAUGCGUGUGUUUAGCGAUGCUUGGAAUGUGUCAGUAGAAGCAAAAAAAAAAAAAAAAAACAGAGGUAGGUUUCUGGAAAGAUUUUAUUAUCGACCACGUUCUCCAAAUCUCCCUUACCGGCGAACCAAUUUAUUUAUGCUGGAGAGGAACAACGAGGCCAAAAUGUCCACCUGGUUCCUGUAUGAGAAGAUGGAUUACCCCAACCACCACCCCCCCCCUUCCCCCAACUCCUCUGGUUUUGAGACAUGAGUGCCUGUUUGAGGGCAACUCGUGUCCACUUCUUGAAAAUGGCUUCAGUGCUAACAGAACCUACAAGGAAAAUAAUUUUUUUUAUUUAAUUAUGUUUUUUUUUUUUUUUUUUUUUUUUUUUUUUGCAAAAAAAGAAGUGCCAAGCAUUGAGCUGAGCGGUCCAGAUCAGCACCUACACUAGCAUCUGACGACCAGGCAAAUUGUACAAAUGAAGUGUGGCGUCCCGAAUUUUCAAUGGCACAGCUAAUGAAGUCCCAUCAUUGCCUUUCGAAGUGAAAUGAUUCUCUUACCUUCUCCUUUUAAUGUGCUAAUCAUGUUCAGUUGACCUUGUUUUUUCUCCUUUUUUUUUUCUGCACAUCUAAAUGACCCCCUCCGGAUUUAACGCUGCAGAUUUCUGCCGUGAACCCAAACGAUUACCCCCCCUCCGUCUCUUCUCCUCGCUGCACACCGUUCAGACCGACGCUCGGCCAAAUACUCGACGGAUGUUGUGCAGCUUACGACUGUAACUUCUUCCCCCUUCUUCUUUUUGGUCAGUUUUAAAUCGAGCAUUUUAAAAAUGAGCGACGUUAUUUAAAGGGUGACUCACUAAAAAGGGAAAGAACGCCUGCUGGUUGCCAACGUGCGUGACCUCUCGGCCGGGGUCGGAGGCCUCGCCUGGUCAUAUGCUGCUUCUUCUCAUUUAUCUCAUUAAGCAAAGUUUCUCUGUUGUUGUUUUUUUUUUUAUAUUAAAUCCUGAAUGGGUUUUCUUUCUUGUCAGGAAUAUUUAAAACUAGUCAAGCAAUACACCCUGAUUACUUCCCUGUGAGAUGACCUUUUUUUUUUCUCUCUCUCUUUUUGCUUAUUUUGUAAUGGCAUUAACAGUAUUACUGUGCUUUCUCCCCCCCCUCCCCCUCAUAAUUUUAGCAAAGCCUGUCCUUCAAAAGAAAAAAAAAAUCUAAAAUUGUGCCUUUUUAUUUUCUAAUACCAUUUACAUGUGUUAAUAUUUCCCAUGGUUAACACCUGUGCUGGUUAUGUACAGAACAAGUAAAUAAAAUUUAUGUCUACUUCUCUAA